ACUGUAGAUGUAAAUAAGAUUGCAGAUGACAAAUCUGAGCUUGACAUAUGGUCCUACUACAUUGGAAACUCUAAUUUUCAUCUCUCUCUUUCUCUCUCUACUGCGUCACCUAUUUCAGUACCAAACCAAUCACUGCUUACACCUAAAGAAGCAAUGGAUUAGAAAAGUCUUCCCUCUUAUAUCAAUCAGGUCAUGCCCAUCUGCUUGCAUUCCUAAGUUUGAACAAAGAGGAUGGAAGAGAAUGCAUCUUCUACCCUAAACAUUAUAAUAAACAUAUUCCUCAGCUCUUUAUCUCUCCAUCGUGGACCAGUGCACAUCAUAUCUCCUCUUUCCUUCCGCCUUCCCCUGCUCUCCUCCCUCAUCCCUCUUCCCUCUUCAAUCCUUCUCUGUUUUGGAGAUUGCAGCAACUGAGUGCGAGCAGAAGAAGAGGAACAAAGCUCUGUAAGAAUAAGAGGGAACGAGAGACAGAGAAGCUGGCGGCUAAUCCUUGGUGGGCGGGGCAGCCGGGCCUUCCCGGAGGAGAGAUGGGAUCCUCCGAUCCCAAGAGCCACGAGCAGGAGAUGGGGGUGAAGGAAUCCGACACCACCGGGAGCGGCGGCGGAGGCAGCGGUGCCGCCGAGGACGAGAAGGACAACGACAGCGAGCCGAGGGAGGGUGCGAUCGUCGCCAGCACCCGCCGCCCCCGUGGCCGCCCCCCGGGGUCCAAGAACAAACCCAAGCCCCCCAUCUUCGUCACCCGCGACAGCCCCAACGCCCUCCGUAGCCACGUCAUGGAGGUCGCGGGCGGCGCCGACAUCGCCGAGUCCAUCGCCCACUUCGCCCGCCGCAAGCAGCGCGGCGUCUGCGUGCUCAGCGGCUCCGGCACGGUCGCCAACGUCACGCUCCGCCAGCCCGCCUCGCCCGGCGCGGUCGUCGCCCUCCACGGCCGCUUCGAGAUCCUGUCCCUCACCGGCACCUUCCUCCCCGGCCCCUCUCCGCCCGGGACCACCGGACUGACGGUUUACCUGGCCGGUGGGCAGGGCCAGGUGGUGGGCGGCAGCGUCGUGGGGUCGCUCAUCGCCGCGGGGACGGUGAUGGUCCUAGCUUCCACGUUCGCCAACGCUACCUACGAGAGGUUGCCGCUCGAGGAAGCUGAGGAGAGCGUCGGUGGCGGCCUCCCGGUGCAGCUGCAUGGUGGGGUGGCGUCACUGAUGCCCGGGGCCGGAGGGCUGCCGGACCCCUCGGCGCUGCCCAUCUACAACUUGCCGCCGAAUCUGGCACAUAACGGCGGCGGCCAGAUGGGGCACGACGCCUUCGAAUGGGCUCAUGCGCGGGCUCCAUUCUAACAGGAGAAGCAUCACAAGAGUACGUAGCCUCUUUACGUAGAAGUCAAUGGAGCUCACACAGGUUGAGCUCUCAGUUAUUUCUGCCUACCAUGUAGUUGUAGCAGUAGCAGUAGCGGCAGUGUGUUGUCUUUGGACUCCUGACAAAUUAAACCACUAAUAAACAGUAUGAUGAUGAUGUUAUUACGAUUACAA